UGCUAGUAUUUAUCUAGAUAUUUAAUUGUAGUUUAGUCUUUUUAAAUCUGAUAUCAUGAGCAAGAAUUUCCUACAAAUUCAUCCAGUUGUUUUUCAGUGGUCGAAAAUUUGUGAAAACACAGGGCAAGGAGGGAGAACUUGUUAACUAUUAAGAAAGAAUGAGGCCUCAAAUAGUGUUGUUCGGAGACUCAAUAACACAGCAAUCUUUCAGAUCAGGGGGUUGGGGUGCUGCUCUCGCAGACAUUUAUUCAAGAAAGGUUGAUGUAGUGCUUCGUGGGUAUGGUGGGUACAACACCAGGUGGGCGCUGUUGAUGUUGAAUCAGAUUUUCCCUCUGCUUAUUGGAUCAGAAAAUCAUUCCAAAUUUCAGGAGCCUGAACUGUACUUCCAGGUUUGUUCCUGCCAACACCAAACGGGAUCUGCGAAACCUCCUGUUGCUGUCACUAUAUUUUUUGGGGCUAAUGAUGCUGCUCGGUUAGAGGGAACGGGUAAAAGACAGCACGUCCCUGUGGAAGAAUACAAGGACAAUUUGAGAAAAAUAGUUCAGCAUAUUAAGAGCGGAUCCCCGAAUACACUUGUCAUUCUUAUAACUCCACCUCCCAUUGAUGUGGAAGGCCGCCGAGAAUAUGCAAGGUCUCUAUAUGGCGAUAAGGCCUCGGAAACGCCUGAUAGGACAAACGAAGCAACUGGUGUAUACGCCAAGCAGUGUGUUACCUUAGCAAACGAACUUGGUCUCCCUUCGGUCGAUGUAUGGUCGAAGAUGCAAGAAACUGAGGGCUGGCAGAAGAAAUUCUUAAGUGAUGGCCUGCACUUGACGCCUGAAGGAAAUGCAGUUGUGUUCAGUGAAGUUGUCAAGAUUUUCGACGAAGCCGGAUUCUCGGACUUGCCGUAUGAUUUCCCCCCAAAUUCAGAAAUUGACGCAGAACAUCCUGAAAAAGCCUUCUUGCAACAUUGUCCUGCUGUAUAACAUGAGUAACAUAUAGUUAAUUCAUGUGGCAAAUUCAGUUUCUUUAUGAUAUGAAUACUGAGAAUUUGUUGUCUAUUCUCAGAUUUGUGGUUUUAUUAAUGUUUCCAAAGGUCAUGUGUUUGCUGUUUUAUACUGUUAUAAAGAUCGAAACCCCACGAAGUUUUUGGGUU